AUGGAACAAGCAUCGACAUCAGCGUUGGAAUCGAUCAGUCAACGAUAUGAAUUGAGUUUUCAAAUAGAUUCGACUACAAUAAUGAAGAAUCAAGAUUUGAUCAAAAGACGACAAUUUCAUCGAAGUUUGACCUUUACAACAACGAGCGAUCGAACACCGAUACUAACAGACAACAGCUGUCUUUCACAAGCUGUUUCAACAAAUAAUAAGAAUGAAACUGCAAUCAAUCGACCAAAGCUUCUGCUUCUAAAUCCACCAACACCACUACUCCGAACGUGUCUAAGUUAUCCCGCAACAUCACCACAUGAAUUCUUUGCAAUCGAGGAUGACAAAUUUUCUUCAUUACCUAGUCUGACAUCUCCACCAGCGAAACGCCUACGACCUCAGACCUUGAUAUUCACACCAACAGAACAAUCAGCGCCUGUCCUAUCAACAACAAACUCUUCUCCAUCGAUUCAUUACCUUGAUUCAUUGGAUUUUUCUACGAAAUUAAAAUCGAACUGUUCAAUGAUCAUCUUCGAUUGUGGCUCACCUAUUCGUUUCAGUGAGAACAGUAUCUGUAAUUCGUUGCUUCUUCGCGUGUCGGAUAAAAUUUCACGCAAACGAUUCAAAACCAAUCCAACACAACAUCUACCAGUGGAAAUCCAACAUCUAAACGAAUGCGAUGCCAUCCUAUUAUACGAUGAUUACAAGAAGACAAAUGAAACCGAACUAUCAGCAGGAAUUAAAUGCGUAUGUGAAGAAAUUCAGCGAUGUUUGACAACAAAAUCUGUUUCAAUACUUAUUCUGAAAGACUCUUUUGAAUAUUUCGCCAGUCUAUAUCCAAAUCUAUGCAUGCUAUGCCAAGCCGCAGCUGACAACACACCAUUGAUAGCACCACAACUAAUUACUCCAGAUAUUGAACAGAUAGAUUGUCCAAUGACGCAUAUCAUGGACGGUGUCUACGUGGGAAAUGAAUCCAAUGCAAAAAAUCUCGACGAACUAUCGGCGGAAAACAUUCGAUAUAUCGUUAAUGUAACAUCUCAUGUGCCCCUAUAUCAUUCCGAUCGCCUGCAUUACUAUCACAUCUCCGCUGAUGAUACUCAAAAACAGAAUUUAUUGAAUUACUUUGACGAAGCUUAUGAAUUCAUUCAUCAAGCGAUUACAAGGCAUGAAAAAGUUCUUGUUCAUUGUGUUGCUGGUAUAAGUCGUUCGCCAGCGAUAGUAAUUAGCUUUUUAAUGCGUUAUGCCCAAAUGAAUUUGAAUGAUGCUUAUAAUUAUGUGAAAAUGAAACGUUCAAUUGUUUCGCCGAAUCUGAAUUUUAUGGGACAAUUACUUCAAUAUGAAAAGCAAUUGUUAGAACAAAGCUGA